AUGCGCUUAUUUCGCAAACGGACGCGCCAAAGGCCACGACGCGGCCUUCCCGACGACAUCUCCAAGUUGGACCAGCUCCAGAACCUCGGCAAGACGCCGGCACCGGGGUCGGGCAGCGGGUCGGGCACGGCCCAAGCCGCGGACAACACGCACAGUGACACGAAAAACCGCGCCAAAGGUGACCUUUCGGGGUCGCAGACUGCCGCCCUGAAGGCUGCCGUGACCACGGGCACCGAGUCGACCGCCGAGCAGACGAUCCGCUACAUCAUCUCGUCCAUCAUCGGGCUCACGGUCGUGCUCAUGUCGUUCUUCCAGUUCCAAGCGACCAACCCGUCGUACGUGACGCCGGACACGUCGCCGUCGCUCGCCCCCAACUCGUGGGAGCUGCCGGUCUUCAUCGGCUUUGUGCAGCAGAUCUCGGCGCUCUCGCUCGCCAAGUACGCCAAAGUGCCGCAGGCGUUCUACAUGAACUUCCUCGACUCGCUCUCGUGGCUCAACUUCCUCAUCCGCGGGUCCGCGCCGGCAAAAGCAGCGAGCGCCGUCGCCAGCGUCCAGCUCACGCGCCGCCAACUGGCCACGUCGCUCUCGUCAUCGUACGAUGCGACGGGCUUCAUCCAGUUCUCGCUGCGCUCCAACGUCUCGGAGCACGACUGGUUUGUGCGGCUCUGGACGGCGUUUAUCAUCGUCGUCGUCGUGCUCUUGCUCGCUGUCGUCGUGACGGGCCUCUUUGGGCGCUGGGCGGCGUCGCGCAGCAGCCCGUUCAACACCAACUCGAGCGACUCGCACCGCAAGUCGGCGAACCUUCGGUCGGUCUCGUACCGUCUCCUCGGCAUGGUGGUCCUCGUCGUCUUCUUCGCCGCGCUCCCCAUUAGCAUGAUCUGCAUGUUUGAGGUCCUCGAAGACGCGACGACGACCGGCUUUCCGCACACAAUGAGCAUCCUCGCGAUCGUGACGCUGCUCGCGCUCUACGCCGGCGUCGGCGUCGGCGCGUACAAGCUCAUCGACGCCACCGAGGCGAGUCUCUCGCGCUGGGCGACACGCGCCGUCUUUGGCGUCGUCUACGCCAACUACACGUACCAGGCGCGGCUCUUCCUCUGCGCCACGGCGCUCGCAAACUCGCUCACGGGCAUUUUGAUCGCGGCGAUCACGGCCAACUCGCUCACGCAGCUGCUCGCGCUCAUCGUCGUGCGCAUGGUGUACCUCCUCUCGAUGGUGGUCGUCCGGCCGUUCACGUCGACGCUCCAGUUUGGCUUUGCGGUCGCGAUGGAGGUCUUGCUCCUUAUCAUCUUUGGCCUCUCGGCCGGCAUGACGGGCGACAUCACGGUCGACGCCCAGAUCAACCUCUCGUAUGCAGUCGUCAUCCUUGUGUGCGCCUUUUGCAUCAUCAUGUUUGUGCGCCAGCUCGUCAUGCUCUGGCACUUCUCGAGCGGGUGGGCCAAGGACGAGGGGACGCACUCGUCGCGGGUGCCGACGCUGCACGACCACGACGUCGAGAGUAACAUGGACUACACCAUCUCGCUGCCGCGCUCCAACAACUCGAACAUCCUCGCGGCGAGCCCGAUGAACACGAUCCGCAUCGCCGACUCGGGCGGCCGGUUGUAG